AUGCGUGAUGAUAUCAUCAACGACCACACAGAAAAGAAGGGUGGCGAUAUAAGAGCAGCAGAGGAUCUUGUUGAUGUUCUUCUCAGGAUUCAGAAAGAGAAUGACCUUGAAAUCCCAUUAACUCUCGACAACAUCAAAGCUGUCAUCCUGGACAUGUUCAUUGGUGGAACUGAAACAGCAGCAGCAACAACAGAGUGGGCAAUGGCAGAAAUGAUUAGAAAACCAGAAGUAACGAAGAAGGCACAAGAAGAAGGGUCUAUGGAAAUGAAGGAUUCGUGGACGAGUCAAACUCCAUCGAUUGAAAUAUAUGCACUUGAUCGGUUUGCAGAAGAUAAAUUUCGCAAUACUCUUCAAGGCUAUUUGAAGGAUGUUGAGUCUGUUUUGGAGUUACAUAAAGCUUCACAGAUAGUUUUAGAUUCAAAUGAUUCAGUUUUGGAGGAAUUAAACACCUGGACAGGGCAUUUUCUUAAGGAAUAUUUGUCCACUUCCUCAAACAAUGCUCAUAGACCACCUUCUAAUCAUAUUGAUCUCGAGAUUAAUUUAUUACUUGGUACAUAUUCUCCAUGGCUCUUCUUCUUCUUCUUCUUUUUCAGUUCUUUAGACCUCGCCAACAAAGAAUUGUUGGAACUAGGAAUUGAAAACUUCAAUCGCUGCCAAGUAAUAUUUCGGAAAGAACUUGGGCUAUUUAACAGGUGGUUUAAGACGAGUGGAAUGGAUAAGCUACAUUUUCCAAUUGCCAAAACAACAGUUAUGUAUUCCUUCUUAUCAGUGGCAGCAACACUUCCGUCUCCAGAACUUCGGGAAGCACGUUUAGCUUGGGCAAAGCAUGGAUUGCUCAAAUCUGUGUUUGAUAGUUUCUUCGAUGUUUGGAGCACUAAAGAGGAACAACUAAACCUUAUAAAGUUAAUGGAGAAGUGGGAUGUAGAUGUCAACAAAGAACGUUGUUCUGAGCCGGUGAAGAUAUUAUUCUUAGUGCUUAAGAGAACAAUUAGUGAGACUGCAGCCCAAGCAUUGAAGGUUCAAGACCGUACUGUCCUGAACCACUUAAUUCAGCAGUGGGUGGAUAUUCUACGAUCUGGGUUGAAGGAAGUAGAAUGGCGCAGAAACAAGUGUGUGCCAAGCAUAGAAGAAUAUGAGCGUAAUGGCAUUACAACAAUGGCCUUGGGACCAAUUGUCUUGUCAGCUAUGUAUCUAAUUGGACCUAAGCUUCCACGAGCCGUGGCUGAAAGUGCAGAAUGCGAUUACCUUUUAGAUGUUCUUGGCCUCCAUGGGAGAUACCUCAACGACGUCAAUGGCUACCAGGUGAGAUAG